CCGGCGGGACGAGAGCGACCCUCGGCUCGCGAGACUCGCGCGCGCCUCGCUCGACGAGAGCGCGACUGGCCGAAGGGCCCGCGGGGGACGCGGGGAAGGCGAUCGAGAUAGAGAGAGAGAGCGCGAGUGGAGGGCCAGGGCGAGUGGCGCGGGCCGGGAUGCCGUCAGACGGGCCCGCGCCGUAGGGGAGGCCGGAGGUCAUGCCAGCGGCCCGGUCCCCGAGCUAGGCCAAGAUGAGGGCCUCCUCCCACGUCAACUACUACGUCCUGUGCCUCGUCUGCUGGAUACUGCUGGGCAUCACCGGGGUGAGCACCAGGUCGCACUCGUUGGUGAAGAGGUUCAACGGACUCUACACGGGGCCCUAUUUCGACCACAACCCGACGAACGUCACGGCCCAGCUAGGCACCCACGCCUAUCUGCCUUGCAAAGUCCGCCAGCUUGGAAACAAAUCCGUCUCAUGGAUUAGGAUGAGGGACUCGCACAUCCUCUCGGUGGACAGGACCAUGUUCAUCGCCGACGAGAGGUUCCAGGCCAUGUUCGUCGACAACGUGGAGACGUGGACGCUGCAGGUCAAGUACGUCCAGGCGCGGGACGAGGGCGAGUACGAGUGCCAAAUCUCGACCGAGCCUAAAAGGAGUCACAUCAUCAAGCUCAUCGUCGUCGUGCCAAAGAUCGAGAUCGUGGGUGACCGCGACAUGUUCGUCAAGACGGGCAGCACGGUGACCCUGAAGUGCGUCAUCAAGCAGUCCCUCGAGGGCCCUUUUUACGUGUUCUGGUACCACUUCGACGAGCGGGUGCUCCAGUACGAGGAGGGAAAGGGCAAGCGGGAGAUCAGGACGGAGCGGGCCAACGGCGACACCGUCAGCAGUCUCGUCAUCCAUAACGCCCAGAGGGAGGACUCGGGGAACUACACCUGCAGUCCCAGCAACCUGGAUAGCGCCAGCGUGCAGCUCCACGUGCUCAACGGAGAACAUCCAGCCGCGAUCCAGCGCGGGAUCGGCUCGUCGCAGGGCGGGAGCCGCGCUCUGUGGUGGCUCGGGGGCGCCGUGGCGCUCUCGUCGAGCCGCGGGGAGAGAUUGCUGGCGCUCACCCUGCUGCUCGCCGCCGCCUUCCUGGCCCACGCCCUGACCCACGUCCUGGCCCGAUCGGGCGGCGCGGCCGCUCGAUAGGGCUCCGCCCGAAGGAGUGGGCCCCGACCCGGCCACCUUCUACGGUAAGGGGACCGAGAGGACCCAAAUGGACCCAAAAGGAGCCAAGAGGAACCGCAUGGAUCCGAUUAGAUCCGAAUGGACCCAAGAGGACCCAAGAGGACCCGAAAGGACCCAACAGGACCGACCAGUGCCGCCAGAGUUCCCUCGCCGUUCUCCCACCGAUGGAGGAGGGGAAUCCCUUCCUAAGGAAUUUCCUCCCAUUCCUUGUCCAUCCUGGUCGAGGGGAAGACCCAGAUAAGGGGGAGGCUGGGGAAGAGAGGACGCGGUGGGGACCUUUUGGCAGCACUGGGACUGCAACGGGCCCAUCAACGGGGACUUCCCUCCUCGAGGGCCCGACGACCCGCCACCUUGGCGACGCCCUUCCACCGCCAGUCCUGGGACCUCGGAAAUUCUCCCUGGGCCACCCCUCGAGGCGCGCCCGUUGUCGGCAACCCGACGAAUCCGGCGUUCAGGUCUCCGUGAACGUCUCGCAUUGGAAUAUGCGUAACCGUGGGAACUGGCCGGGAUGUUCAAGGUGGCGUCGAUGUUCGCCCUCUUGGACGGCCAAUUCUUAUCGAUAUGCUUAUCGUUGUGCGAGGGGUCUAUUGUCUUUGCAAAUUGGCCGAGCUUGAAUUCGUCGACUUGCCCACGACGUGCGCUCCGGUCUCAGGGGCUCAGCGCGUUGCUGACGAACGACGAGGUAGCGACUAGGACUUAGGCGGUCUUCGGUCUCGAGACGCAGCAACGAUCCGGCCGUUAGUGAUUAUAGACGACGACGUUAGACCCCGCGACUCCAUUCUCGAGCCUUUCCGAGCAUCGACUCGGGUCCGGUCUCGUCCCGACGAGGAGGACCCCCUUCUCGAAGGAGCUUCCUCGAGAGCCGAAGACGGUGACGGUGCUAAUCACUCGACGCGUAAUCAAUGGAAUCAAUCGACUGAAAUCGAUGCGAUCGACCUGACGUCUUAAGGCGGCGCGAAAGUGCCGUCGGAGAUCUUGUCGAUGAAACUUUUCUCCGAACUGGGUGUACCGAAUCGGUUCAAACUUCACAAUGUGAUUGUAGAGGUUGUAAGGGAAGUCUCGACGCCCGUGAAAUUUCAAAUUUUUUUAAAAUUUGAUUACAUACAUUUUUUUUUUAUAUUUAUCGGUCCUUCCAGUUUGGAGAAAAGGUUCUUGGACGGUUGACUCGGAUGCCACUUUCACAUCCCCCUUAAUUAGGGCAUUCGAUCGUCAUCUCUCUCGGUGUCUUCGAAACUCGAUGGAGCUCUCUCGAGGAGCGAAUCAAUCGAUAAAUCGAGCUUAUCCGAAAUUAAGGUCGUUCCUCGGAAAUCGACGUCCAGGCGGACACGGCGCCGCUUCGUCCGCGUCCCGCGUUGGCAAAGAAUCGAAGCUUGUUCGAUAGGCGAUCGAUCUUUUCUUCUUUAUACAUGUAUACAUGAAUAUAUAUAUAAUCGAGACGCCACGUGUGCGUCGACAAGGAUAAGAGGAAACCGCGGAGGACUCGCUCGAGCCAGUCCUCGAGGUUUCCUACGCUAGAUAAGGCUGAUAAAAAACACCGUUGAAAGGAACGACAAUUAUCGCAAUUUUUUAACAUCUUAAUUAGACCUUCCAUUCACUCGUGACAUACUAAUUUGACGACAUAUCUCCAAGUAGAGUCUACAACACACGUCGUAAAUCCAGGUAUAACAUUCUAAGGGAACUCCAGGAUUACAACGUGUGUUUAUAAACUAACAAAUUCGUUUCAACAAGUUCGACGAGUAUUUCCAAUUUUUGUACGGCAUUAAGGGGAUGUGAAAGCGACAACUGAGGGGUGAAUCGUUCUUUUCUCGUAAUUUGAUGCAUCAAAUCGUUUGAAACUUUACAACGUGAAUAUGGAGGCUGUGUGAUAUGAAUUUUAAGAAAAUUCGUUUAUGGAUAAUUUCAGAAUUUUUUCUAUAAGAAAUGACAUUUCCCGAGUCUCGGGACCUAUCUUGGGGCCUCCCUAUUAACGUGGGAAGAUUUGAGAAGAAAUUGGCCCCCCCGAUUCGGGAAAUUGGCGAACGAACGAUUGAUUACCCCGAUACCACUUUCUAAUCGCCUUAAGGAUUAAAAGCGUGCGAGUCUCUCGAGUACUUUGAACGGUGGCCGUCGACGCACCGCGCGGCGCGCUCGUACACGCGUACACCCGUACACAAGUACACACCCUCGCGCUUACCGGCGUGUCCAAGUAGAAUUGAACAAGUUUCGGCUCGCCGCAAUGCGGACGCCCGCUCGCUCGAGAAGUUUCCGAAGAGAGGAGAGAGAAAGGAGGAGUGCGAGAUCGGGACGCCGGGCCGGAAGUCGCGGAGGAGGGCUUCCGGCCCCGGCGCGCGAGAACCGACGCGAGAAGGUCAUAGAUUAUCUACGAUUCAUGUGAUUGUCUGUAAAUACCUAGUAUAUAAAGAACAAAAAAAAAACAACGUAACGUAACGUUAAUUAACGAUAAAAGGGAAACCAAGGAGGAAGGGAAAAUAACGCCGUACGUGUUGCAUUAAAGGGAUAACGUUAACGUGUAACUUCCGGGGUCGUUAAAAGCGAGGAGGCAUCGGACCGGUCUGGCCGCCCGUGCCGAGCACGGCCGAAGACGCACGGAAGUACCCGAGCGCCUCGAGAUUCACCGAGGCACGGGCCGGCCACACGCGACUAGAUGCCGGCGCCCUAACCUAACACGCCUAGCGUAACGAGCGGCCGAGCGACGCCUCGCUCGGGCGUCGUAGCCGGCGAGAGAGAGAGGAAGAGAGAGAAAGAGAGAGAGUGAGAGAGAGAGGCUCGUUGGACCGACGUCGCGGCGUCGGUCGAAUGACGUUCACGGAAAGGGGCGACGGGGACAGCCCGGCGACGGCGACUCCUCCUUUCCCGGCGCUCCCAGCCCGGGACGACGAGGCGCCGCGUCCAGCGACUCCUGGGGGUCGACCGCGAUCGGCGGUCCGUCCUCGAGGGUCGCGGCCUCGGAUUCGUCCCCCCUCGCCGGCGGGAACCCCGACCGGCCCCGGGGGACCGAGCGCGCGUCCUCGUCGCUCCUUUGAGGAUAAACCGUCUAGGAUAUCGAUAGUAGCGGCAUUGAAUUUUUGUACCGACGUCUCUAUCGUAGUGGUUAAGUGCCCGCCCUAAGGUUGGCCCUUCGUUCGGCCGCGCCCCCCACUCCCGGGCCCUCCACUCGUCCGGGGACGCUCGCGCCUGGUCCAGGGCUUCGUGACGAAGGCCUCGCUAAAUCGGUCAAGUCCAUGUAACGAAGGACCCGGUAAACUGGUCAGACCUACGUAACGAUGGCCUUGCCUAAUUGGUUGGAUUUACGCGACGAACGCCUCGUCUAAUUAGUCAUGCCUACGUGACGAAGACCUUGCCGAGUUAGUCAAGCCCUGGGAACGAUAGCUUCAUCUAACUAGUCGGGCCUACGUGACGAUGGCCUCGCCGAGUUAGUCAAGCCUAGGGGCGAAGGCCUCGAUGCAUUGAUCAAGCCUCGUGACGAAGGCCUCGCCUAACUAGUCAGACCUACGUAACGAAGGCCUCGCCGAACUAGUCAGACCUACGUGACGAAGGUCUCGCCGAGUCAGUCAGACCCUUAUGGCGAGGGCCUCGCCGAGGACGGACACGCGCGAGCGACCAGCGAGAAGGAGACCGCCCUGUCGAGCGGGCGAAUGAGCGGACGGCACUCUCGUUAUUAGGGGCACGCCUCGUUUCGCGGAUUUCUCUAUGGCCAGCCAUUUGCGAUUUUCUAGCGGAAAUCACACCCGUCGAAUCCCCGAGAUGAUGCUGAGAGCGCGACACGUCGCGAGAGACGACUAUGAGGGGGGUUGGGAAGGGGGGAGGGGGGAAACGGAACGGAGAGGGGUGUUCGGGAGACACGAGAGGACGAGGAGGCGGACAAGUUGGGAUAAUAAAUCAAUGUUAUCACCGUGCAAGCUGGUCAUUUCGGAUUCCGUUGUCCGCUUCGUGUUUAACCACGGGGAUGGCCUCGGAGAGGAAGAGAGAGAGAGAGCGAACACCGCGCUCCGUGACGUGCGAAUUCUUCUCGGGAUCGUCGGAUUUUUUCAUUAGCUCCGUCGUCGACGACGGCUUGGAAAUUCGAUCCGGAGUCUCCGAUCGAUUUUUAUACCAAUCGAUCGACGGAUGAGUUCGAUCGAACGUCACGUGGGCUGCGCUUCGCCCUUUCCGUGUGACUCGUGUCGUCAGGGACCUCGUUUUUUAUUUCUCCUCUUGAGAUCCGACUUGUUCAGGGGAUUGUCUUCGCGACGAUGCGACUCGAGAAUACGCGUCGAGCAUGGAUAUCCGUUCCUCGUUUCGAUCCAUCGACUUCGCCGCACCGUUUUUGAGGUGUCUCGAAGUCUCGUGGACGUUCGUCUCGGACGCGGAAUCUUUUCCUGGAAAUGGCCCCCCUCUUGCGUAGGAAACGUUUUAACCCUCGGAUUUUCUAGUAUCGCUCGAUCGAACUCACCUGUUUUUAGAUCUCCACCGGGGUUACUUACUCGGCGCACUCGGACGAUCCUAGUUCGGUCGCCGAUGGUAACUUCGGCCCUCGCGAGUCGGUCCGCCAUUUUCUUCGGAUCGAAGCUUCCCGAAAAGAAUCCGCGUCCACCGAGUGAUCCGUCGCUGCACUUUGCGUACAAGGUCGGGUAUUUCGUUUAAAGGUAUCGUGACAAGGGGCGGAGAACACCCCGUUCUAUGUGUGUAAGAACCAUAAAGCUUAACAAAGAACAUUAUACUAUAAACUUACGGAAUACCAAAUAAAAGUAAGCCAAAUCGUUAA